AUGCUUUAUGGACUUAUCCAAAGCCUUCGAUAUGGUUUCCUAUCGGAUACUGUGGGGAAAGUUGCGGGCCACCGCAUGCCUAAAGAGCUGGUUGACUUGUUUAGUCACUGGUACGAGCGGCAAGAGAACUGUGUAAGGUGGGCGGGAGCGGUAUCCGACACAUACAGACUGGAAUGCGGAGUGAGGCAGGGGGGGCUAACCUCGCCUAAGCUUUUCUGUCUGUAUGUCGACGAGCUGAUUGCCGGACUCAGCAACACGUAUGCGGGAUGUUCUAUAGAUGGCCAAAUGGUCAAUAACAUUAGUUACGCGGAUGAUAUGGUGUUGCUGAGUCCGUCAGUCAGUGCACUUAGGGACCUGCUGCGCAUGUGCGAAACCUAUGCUGAUUCACAUGGACUGAAGUACAAUUGUCUCAAAACGCAUGUUAUAGUUUUCGCGGUGCGGGGCACGUCGUCGGUGUACGUGCCGCCCAUCAAGCUGUAUGAAAAGGAGCUGGACAAGGUUGACCGGUUCAAAUAUUUAGGUCACAUUAUCACGAGUGACCUAAAGGACGACAGUUAUAUUGAGAGGGAACGUAGGGCGCUGGCGGUUCGGGGGAAUAUGCUGGCUCGCAGGUUCGCGCAUUGUACGGGGGAAGUAAAGAGAACCUUGUUCAAGUCCUUCUGUCAAUCGUUCUACACCAGCGGCCUGUGGGUUAGUUAUACUCAGAGCCCUCAGCGCCUUACGAGUCCUCUAUAA